AUGGUCAUCCAUCGCAUCUUACAUGCCCUAUCGCCGACGGCGAUCCAUCGCGAUGAGGCAAGAAAUCGGCUUUCUGGCGUCGAAGAAGGCGAAGGGGAUAAUGUUGCUUACUAUGGGGAAGAGAUGGAAGAACAGGACCGCCUACUCAUAUCUGGUCGUGACAACGUCGACGUGACGGUAGAAGAAAAUUCAGUUGAUCAACGCCAAUCAGUAUGGCCGAUUACCGCCUUUGCUCUCGCCUGUGUCGGCACUAUUUUCUCUUUGGCAUGGGUAGCUCUGUCGUUAGAUCUCCACCGACGACCAGAACCGUCUCCUCUGGAGAUAGCACAUAGCAUUCCUCUUCGCCGUCCAGACAAGGACUACAUACUAAAUCCCGACUGGGAUUUCGAAGCCCCGAACCAAGUGCGAAAGUAUGACUGGCUGAUCAUCGACAAGGAUGGAGAACCGGAUGGAAUUCUGAAGCCAAUGAUAACUAUAGAGGGUCAGUUUCCUGGACCACUGAUAGAAGUUAAUGAAGGUGAUAUUAUCGAGGUCAAUAUCCAUAACCAUGCUUCCAACGCCACCGCUAUCCACUGGCAUGGCAUUUUCCAGAACGGCACGAACUGGAUGGACGGGGCUGUAGGCGUUACUCAAUGCCCCAUUGCUCCUGGAGCUUCGUACCUUUACAGGUUCAAUGUUACUGGCCAAGCUGGUACCUAUUUUUAUCAUGGUCAUCAGGGCGUCCAGGCCUUGAAUGGACUCGUAGGACCUCUCGUGAUCCACGUCCGGGACGAAGCGACGCAUAAGCCCAUCCCAUACUCGUCAGACCGCGUGGUCUUACUCCAAGACUGGUACUAUGAUUCAGACAGUGGGCUAAUGCGAGACGUGCUAUCUCCGGGUGUUGAGGAUGCGCCGAUACCUAAUACAGCUUUGAUUAACGGUGUGAACCAAGCUGACUGCUCAGAUCAUCCCAACAGAUGGUGUUCAGAACUGGAGAGGUCUCUCCCCAACUUGGAUCUAGCCCCUGGAGAGGGCCACAGGUUACGAUUCCUGAAUGUCGGUGGGUUUGCUUGGUUCCAGGUUGCAGUAGAUGAACAUGAUUCUCUGCCAAUUAUCGAAGUGGACGGUACCGCCGUUGAACCCGUAUCCGAGUCUUCGCUAGUAAUUGCCCCAGGACAACGGUAUAGCGCGGUUUUAACAGCAGAUCAGACCGGAAAUGAGACUUUCUGGCUUCGUGCUAGGAUGAUAAGUGCUUGUUUUGCAAGUCAGACGCUUCCAGAAAAUGGCAUUGAUGAGGCAAAAGCCAUUAUACGCUAUCAUAAUAAUGCAAGGAGGGAUAAUAACCACAAAUCCCCUCCCCUACCAAACACUACUUCCAGCCUACAGUACCUGCCAAUAUGUAAAGACAUGAGUUCCACAUCCUCGCUUUCCCCUUUACCAGCGCAGCCAGCCCCUAUUUACGCCGAUCAUUCAUGGUAUCUACGUGUCAAUCUUGCUAUUGGCGACUGGCGAUUACAACGAGGCGUUAUGAACGCAUCCUCGUUCCGACCGGAUGUUACGUCGCCGACCUUACACCGAGUCCUCGACGGUCUCGCCCAAAACAACGAAUCCUUCGUCCAAGACGGCAUACUUAACACGGCAUUUGACCCCGUCUCCGAGCUCACCAUCUCUCACAACGGCGUUGCCGACACCGUCGACAUCAUUCUGCAGAACAUGGACGAGAAUAGCCAUCCCUUCCACCUCCACGGUUACCAGAUGUGGGUUCUCGGGGCCGGCCACGGCUACUUCCCCGGCUACGAAGCCCUUGGGCUAAACCCCGAGGGCAAGGGGCUUCUCGACCCUGCGAACUCAACUGUUGUCGAUAACCCUUUGAAGCGAGACACGGUGACUGCUGAGGGCUUCGGAUGGGUGCUCCUGCGGUUCGUAGCGGAUAAUCCCGGCGCCUGGCUUUUCCAUUGCCACGUACUCUGGCACUCGGAAGCCGGCAUGGCAAUGCAGUUCCUCUCCCGCGUAGAUGUCAUGAGGGAAUGGGAACUACCCAGUGACGCGAAGCGAUUGUGCUCGCUUCCCGAGGCGGAGUUGACGAAAGGCGCCCCGCCUAAGGACGAGGUAUUCUUCGGCUUUAAUAACGAGGAUGAGGGAUGA